AUGAAUUAAAUCAUCCAUGCUAGUUUGUAAAGAAACGAAUUCUAUAAUAAAAGUUACAUUGAGAAAUAGGUUUCUAAUUAAACUUCGUCAACUGAGAAGUCAUGUUAAAUGGAUACUGAGUUCGAUUGUGAAAUGAUUAAAAAAGUUUAGUCAACUUGUGACUCUAGUGUUUAGGGCAACUCCUCGUAAGAAACAAACUUUAUGAAAUGUGAAAAUACACCUUAAAUACACCAAAAAAUGGAAUCUUUAUGUAUUGAUGAAGAAUCUUUCAAUUUGGAUGAAGUUCUUUUUAAUGAAUGUGAUAACUUAAGUCAUAUCUCUGAAAAUGCCAACAUUUGUGAAAAAUGGUAAGAAGAAUCCAUUCAUAGUUUUAUCUAUGAAUAGAAAGUAAAUGAAGAGGAGGAGGAAAGAAAACUUAAAGAAAAUAACUACUUUUACCUUUUAAAACAAAUGGAAGAGACAGUGAAAAUAGAGAGAAUUCCAGAACAUUUAAAAAAUAUAAUAGAAACUUUAAAAUUUAAAGUUAUUUCUAUUGGGCCUUUAAAAUUAUAAUGUUAAUAAGGUCAUCAAUGGGAAGCAAAAUUUGACGAUCUAACUCAUGAAUAUGAAUGUGAAUAGUGUCAUGAUAUUAAACAAUCUCAAUAAAAAUUGAAGCUUAAUUAAUAGUCAUAAAAUCAAUAACCUAAAAAACAUGGUAAAUGUAUACUUAAUCCAUAACAUCCAGGAUAAACUAGAUGUAAAGAAUGCAAAUAGUUAUUAAAACAACAAUUGAAAAAACAGAAAUAAGAAAAUAUUAGGCAAACGAAUGAUAUGUAUGAGAAACUUUAAAAUGAAUUAUACAUGAAAGCUGUCAGAUUAUUAUCUUAAGGCAAUAGUGCUGAAAAAUAGAAGAUUAUUAGAGCUUUUAGAGAAACUGAAGUCGAAGUAGAUAAAGCUGCGAUGAAUCAUGCUAACCGCUAUUGUGCUAAACAGGGAAUUAGUUCGUCGGAAUAACUGUAAUAGAUUAUGGUCGUUUAUAAAAUGCUGCUGCUCCCGGAAGGAGCUUUGAAGAAAUAUGCUUAGAGCCAGUAGAAGGCUAUUUUGAAACAAGAAUACAAAACUUAUGCAAAAUCAGUACAUCCAGACAAGAAUUCUCAUCCUUAAUGUUGCGUUGCAUUUUAGAAGCUGAAAAAGUUUUGGGUAGACAUACCCAAAACGGGUAUGAGUAGUGAUAUAAGUUCUUCUUAAUAACAGUGA